UCGCAACUCCCGUGGUUUUAUUUUGAAACCGGAAACUUUCGCGUCAGAACCCGGAAACGUCAGUCUUAUUCGCGUUUCAUGUUUGCGUCAGUGCCUGAUAGGAGGACGGUGAACUCUCUACCUUCCAGUCGGUGACGGAGCCAGCGUCUGGUCCAGGAGGGUCAGACUGGCAUGCUGGUGUCGCGGCUGGCCUGCCGGAGCCGCCUCAGGAUGAGUGGCCGCAGCUCCACCUCGGCCCGGCCCAGCUCGGACCUGGCAGCGUUCAGGAAGGUCUUCCUCCGCUCCCAGAACAUCGUGGUCAUCACCGGCGCCGGGGUGAGCGCUGAGAGCGGGGUGCCCACCUUCCGAGGACAGGGCGGCUUCUGGAGGAAGUGGGCCGCCCAGGACCUGGCCACGCCGGGCGCCUUCAGCCAGAACCCCUCCCGCGUUUGGGAGUUCUACCACUACCGCCGCGAGCUGGUGCUCACCAAGGAACCCAACCCGUCGCACCGGGCCAUCGCGGAGUGUGAGGAGGCCCUGGCCAAGCAGGGCCGGCGGGUCACCGUCAUCACUCAGAACGUGGACGAGCUUCACCGCCGUGCUGGGUCCAAGAACCUGCUGGAGAUCCACGGCAGUCUGUUCAGGACCCGCUGCCUGUCCUGCGGUCAGGAGGCGUCCAACUACAAGAGCCCGAUCUGCCCAGCGCUGGAGGGGCGGGGCGCUCCUGAGGACGCGGAGGACGCCCGGAUCCCGGAGAAGGAGCUGCCGAGGUGUGAGUCCUGCCUCGGCCUCCUGCGACCCGCCGUGGUCUGGUUCGGAGAGAGUCUGGACUCGGAUGUGCUGCGGCAGGCGGAGGAGGCGCUGGAGAGGUGUGACCUCUGCCUGGUGGCCGGGACCUCCUCGGUGGUCUACCCGGCGGCCAUGUUUGCCCCCCAGGCGGCCGACAGAGGCGUCCCGGUGGCAGAGUUCAACACGGAGGUCACACCAGCCACCAACUCCUUCCAGUUCCACUUCCACGGCCCGUGUGGCCAGAUCCUCCCGCUGGCGCUCUGCUGCCACCAAACCCCAGACGUGGAGUCCCAAAACUGACCCGGCUCGGCCGCUGAUCCAGGUUCAGAAAACCUGGCCUGUGCUGCGUGUCGCUGUACGUCUCCACCAGCCGCCGUGAGACAAGCUCCAGUGUAGUGUGUGUGUGUUUGUGUGUAUGUGUGUGUGACGGGGAAUAAAAGCCUCUGUGAAAUUGA